AUGGAGCUGUACAUAGAGACAUUAACUGGCACAGCCUUUGAACUUCGCGUGUCGCCUUUCGAGACAGUUAUGUCAGUGAAAGCGAAGAUUCAAAGGCUUGAAGGUAUUCCCAUAUCUCACCAACAUCUCAUCUGGCAGUCCACGGAGCUGGAAGACGACUUCUGCCUGCAUGACUACAACAUCCACAGUGGUGCCACCCUCAAGCUGGUCCUGGCUGUCAGGGGAGGUCCAAUCAACACACGGAGAA